GCUUUGCGUCGGCCGACGGGUAACCAGCCGUGGGGUCACCAGAUAAAUUAUGUCAAACGGAGUAGUGUUACGAACGUGAACGAUUAUCGGGAUUCGCUGUGCUCACAUACGAAAGUCGCAAAGUGCGCGCUCAUAUACGAUUCAAGUGUGGUGCCGAUGUAAUUCCAGACUGAUUUGUCUCAUAGACUUUUGUUAAAUAAGUGAUUAAUUUUGAAUGAUCGUGCACAAACGUGUGCAUUUGUAUUGUCUCUUCGUAUAAAUGCACGUAUUUGCUUUUAUUUCUUUGAAAAAAUCAUGCUGACCCGGCAACAUCAACUAUUGCAGGGAAUGCUAACAGCCGAUUUUUCGCAGCGAGCAAACGGUCACUCGAAAAUGGGGUUGAAACGACGACGCAACAAAGCAGAGCACCGAUGAGUGAUUAAUUCGAUCGCGAGUGAGGGUGUAGAAGAAAAUGAUGACUGCCAUGGCCAGAUUACCUUGCAAGCAGACUUCGCCUUCGCAACAGCCGCGAGUCAAUAAUUUCGGGAACAGUCGAAACUCCUACUGGAACAUGCAGACCAGGCAUCCAGCACCUCCAUACGUCAGGAAUCAUCAACGACACACUGAUCAUACCGGGAAGCGGAAGAGCGCGGUGGAACUGCUCCAGGAGACGAAGGCGUUCUACGUGAAGAGCGAAACCGUGCUGGACCGGAAGCAGGAGCUGAAGAACAGUGGUCAUCUUCAGGUCUCGCAGUUGAGCGCGCCGAGUGCGCCUCUCAGGCUGCUGAGAAAAUGCGGGAACACGUCGACCUGUUCGAUGCAACCGACGUCGCCGUCGCAGCUGCCACCUGCUCCGAUGACGCCACCUUGUUGCUGGGCAUCGUGCCACGAACAGGACAGGCCGGACGGAAUUCUGAGUCCUCAACAAACACUGCCACCCGCACUGCCACCGAAGAGUCCACGUCUGGUUCCUGUUCCGCAGCGGCGCACGAUUUCAGGGCCGCCGAGCAGCACCGGUGGAGAUCAGCUGCAAACGAAAUUACGUCGGUUGUUAAAUACCGAUAGUAAGGAGAACGUAUUCUUUCCUGACAGCCCAACGCAGACGAUCAUCCAAGCGAAUGGUAUCCCACAGGAGGAGAAAUUCCGAUAUUCUCCUGGCAGUUUGUCACCUAAUCUUCGCGAGGAAGACCGCAUAAAGCUCGGUGUAAUACAUAUAGUUCGUGUUCGAGCGAAGAUCGACCACUGCUCGCAAGAUGUUCGUUUUAAGUUUGGCCGCAGCAAUUCACAUUCACAUACAUCCGGAAGAACCGGGAGGAAGUCCACCAGCUCGCAGUCGGUGGAAAACACCGUGUGUCACAAAUCUUUGCCUGACCUCCAUACUAGCACGCGACGACGGGCGUCCCUGUCGCCACGUGCAUCGACCAAAUCAUCUAAGCCAUCCGGCCAUCAUCAAUCUUCGAGCAAUUGCCCAGAUUGUGAAACUAGUUCGGAUUAUUCAGAGCACAGUUUCAAACGAGACUCAGUCUGUUAUCGCAGUUAUUACUAUUCCAGUUCUAGACACAUCAGACGUUCGUUAGGUUCAGGUGGUGGUGAUGCGAGUAGCGUGUUAUCUGCCGGUGGUCGAACACAAAAGUCAUCAGGUUCUAGCAAGCUAAGUCAUGGAGCGACUGCAAGAGACUCAGGAGGAUCGUCCGGACACUGUACACCUCGUAGCGAACCUCCGCCAGUAAUACAGGAUUGUUGGAGUCAUAUACGUCGUGAUAGCGGUGCAUCUACUCAACACUCGACGGAAAAAGAUCGUUCAAGAAGAGGUAGUUACGCUAACGGUACCCCACCAUCUGUCGUAAGACGCUACAGUCCUGAUUCUGAGAGCAGCAACAGUCAAACGGAUUAUAGUCCGACAUGCAACUCAAGGUUUUCCGACGGCUGGAAAGAAGGACGCGGCCGACCAAUUCUGAGAUCGAAAUCGGAUAUUAGCGAUCGCUAUUGGCGUCAGGAUAAUGGUCGAUCUAAUAAAGUACCUGCGCGGCCUCCUCGGUCGAUCACCCAACUCGAGAACUUCUUUGACUGUUUAGGUCUCGAUUCGGAAAAUUAUCAACGUAUCACGAAACCAGAUUCAAACUCGUCGUCUCCUGUAUUUUUUGAUAGCGUUAGCUCGGUCGAUUCAGCGUUAGGUCUUUACUCGUGGGUUGGGAACAACCAAACGAAUCAGAGUAGUCAAUGGCAGAACAAUGACUGCAGUGUUGGUAUGGGUAACGACGACUCCAACCAGAGGGUUAACGAUCCACCGAGCAUCGUCGAGCGUAACGCUCGAAUAAUUAAAUGGCUCUGUCAGUGCCGAAAAGUGCAGUUUGGAUUUAGUUAAGCAACGUGUUUAGAAAAAGGACAAUUGAUUCUCCAAUCUCAGUAACACGCAUUCAAGUCAACGAAAAUAAGAGUUUUUCAUCUUGCCAACGAUUUAUCCUUUCACGACUCACGGCAACCUUUGCAUUUAAGUUGGCUAAAAAUACAGCACGUAUGUAAGAGAGUACAUUUUUCCUGCUUUUUAUCCAGUUACUAAUGCUACAGCGAGUAGUCUGUUAAUUUAUCUUCCUUUUUUUUUCUUAUUUCACAAGCAUAUGUGCCAUCUACUUACCUAUAUAACUUGUUGUGCAUUUGUGUCGCACCUUUAAAUCGUAAUUGAAACUCUUUGAUGUGAGAUUCUGUUUUUAUCGAUGUGUUUUUGUCAAAAUUUGUAUAUACCAUCGUAGAUGAUAGAAAUUGAUUGUAUGACAGUAGAGAAUUAUUUUCAUAUACGUAGCCACAUACGUAGCUUUCUGCUUGUUUAAAUAAUUUUGUUUUUAGCAAAUCAGUUUAUCGUCGUAUGUUAGCACUAUUAAAUUUACAACGAGUUUAUCAUCACACAAACCAACUAUUUUUAGCCGUUUUUCCACGGUGUUGUGGUCUAUCGGUCACUGAAGUUAUGUAUAAAUAGUAUGGAGUUUAUUGCACUGUUUUGCCUUAAACUUAAGUCUUAAAUUAGUUGUUGCUAAAUUUGAUUGUUAUAGUCUCUCUUGUGACAAUGCUAGUGAAUAACCGGCAUUUAUAUUAGGAAAUAGAUAUUUCUUUCUCACAUUCUUAUUUUUCAUGCCACGCAUUUUAAACAUUGAAUACAUUAAUUAAUGCUAACAUUAUUUUUCAAGCAAUUUGAUAUUGAAUGCUAACUGGAGAUGUGGUCGAUCUUUCUGAUUAAGUAGGAAUUGAAUUGAUGGUAUUACAGUUACGUCGAAAAGUUUUUAUCUUACAAUGCAGAAAAUACUUACUAUGUUUCUCCAGUAGCAUUAUUAUUACAAUAGUAUCGAUUCAAUCACAUUAAUGUUUUCGCUAGUGGUUCUAUAUCGUUAUAUUAAUCUGUAUUGAGCUGCAUUGUAGAAGUAAUAUUGGUACAAAACAAAACUGUAUGUGAUUUACAGAAUUUUUAAGGAUUUUUCUCUGUAAAACUUUUCGCCAAUGGAAUUUAUAUAAGGAAUUUCACAGAAUUUUCACACGUUGGUGUUUUUAUAUCCCUAAGGCUUGUUAAAUGAUAUUAUGUUCGAUCGUUACGAAAUGAUUUUGAAUAUAAUACAUUUGAAUAUUUUUAUAACUUUGGAAAUUGCACGUUCGAUUAAACAAUUUAUCUUAUUUAUAUGAUAUGAUUAGUCUGACAUUUAGAAUACUUAAGAAAGCAAAUAUCGAAACUCUCUAUUAUACAUUCGGUAUUUUAUUUAUGAUAAGUAUCUACUUUGUGCCUAAAACAACUUGAGAAACCUUAUUUUAGUAAAAAAAUUUAUUCUAAUUGUUUAAUAUAUCUACACAUACGUUCAAUAUUUUAUUGAUGAAGUUUUUAAUUAAAGCCUGUGUAUUUUAUAAAAUUUAAUAUUAUCGUUUAAGUAUUAAAAGAACGAUAAGAUCAGUAUCUUAUAUUUUAGAAGAUUUAAAUUAAAUACAAUCCCUAAAAUACUAUGACAUAAUUAUUGAAAUCUGUAAUUAAUACGAAAAAAACCUAUCAAUAUUCAUUUAUCGCUUUAAAUAUUUCCUGAUAUAUUUCACUGUGCAAUAAUACAAGUAAUUCACUUAGAUGUUUCUUAUUUUAGGUGAUAUAUAUUAGAUCAUACUGUUUGAAAUAUUUUAACUAUUGUGUGGCAAUCAAUUACAGAUAUAUUAAUUAUGACCUUGAAUGUUUGUAACGAAUGGAAUUCACCAAUUACGUGAUUCGAACAUUUAACACAAAGCAAAAAGAAAGAAAAAGAAUUUGUGUAAUAUAAUACACCAAGAAGUUACUCAACUACUCUCAUUUCAAGUGAUAUAGAUGUCUUAGAUAAGUAGUGAGUUUGCAUAGAUUGUAAGUGAAAUGUGGUAGUACAUUGCAUUUAAAACAGAGAAAAAAGAGUUGAUAUUACUACCCGCGUAGUAGAAAGUCUUGCAUUUUUUCAAGCAAAUGUAAAGUGAUGCUUGUAUCGAACAAUAGAUGUUUCUGUAGUUACGUAACCAGUAUUUACUACAAUUAUUUACUUACAGUUUUUGAGAAAAAUAUACAGAACGUAUAAUCGAAAUUAUAAGGGCUGUCUUGGCAGUCAUGGGAAAAGUGUUAUUGCACAAAAGUCGUACAUAGAGUAUGUAUGCUUACAAGAAGCAUUUUGCUUAUAACUUUUUGAGCUAAAGCACUGUUUCAUGUAUGUGUAUCAAUGAUGUUUGGUGGUAUUUAAUUACCUCAAAGUUUUUAUUCCCAAAAUUGAAAUUCUUGCCUUGUAAUAAAAAAGAAAAAAAAAAAGAAUUCAUAAUAUAUUUUUGUUAGUUAUAAUGACUCGCAUCUUGGUUAAUAAUCCUAUUAUGAAAUGUUUGAAAAUAAAACUUUUAAAUCUAGUUACAACUUAGUUAUUGUAGGAUGUAGAGAAUAUAGCGUUAAAUAUCUUCGAUAUAUUAUUUUCAAAAAGUUUUAAGCAAACUAAUAAAAUUAACACUAUAUGUUACUUCUUGAGAAUAUAAGCACAAGGUGUGUUCUAUUUCUACUCUAGUAAGAUUUACGCCUAUCAAUUUAUGGGAAAAGAAUCUGUUCGAAUGUAUUGGAAAUUUAUUUACAUUUAAAUUCAUUUGUAAGUGUUCAAGAAGAAUUUACUACUUAUCGUGGUAGAAAUAUACAUUCCACUUCUUUACACGUGUAUAUGAAUCUCAAGAAGUAAAAAGAUAGCAUAAGUUUCUAUUAUUCUUUCGAUAGAAUUAUGUUUUCUGUAUUGACGUUAAUUUGUUAACAUAAUCGAAGGAAUUUGUAUAACAUUAUAUUGCAAUUCGUCUUAAGUUAUAGAUUAUGUAAUUCAUAUACUUGUAUAGUAGAGCUCAUCGCGAUAUUUUUAUUAUUUUAUUAACUCGAGGCUUACAUAUAUAUAUAUAGACAGUUUUUUAAUAUUAAGUAAAUUUGUUGGAACUUAUUUUGUAAUUUUAAAUCCAACUGUAUACUUAAAUUGUGAAACUUACGUAUGUAUAUGUGCAUAAUUUGUGAUCCAUAAUAUUUAACAUUGUUAAAGUCAUACAUUUUUAAUUGCUUUUUUUAUAAUCUAGUCACGUAGAUCAAAAUAUGUUAAAUUUCAAGAUAAUAUUAUUAAAUUCCUUCUGUGUA